AUGCCACCACGAUCCUCGAAAUCUACAGAGGACUCCCUCCCUUCCCCAGGCCCAUUCAUUCGCCCUCCACCGUCUCAAUAUUUUACUUACCGUAUUCAACAAGGAGAACAGGGAGUCUUAACCCACGAGCCUUACAAAUCCUAUCUCCUACCCCUCUGGCGUUUCCGAUCUCCUUCGAUAGCCGAGAAGUCCUCAGUAGCCUUAUACGACGAAUUUCUUCGUUUCUGUAAGGAAGAUGAUUUUGUGGGUAUGGAUAUGAGUAGAAAAUUCAUACAAAUGGGUAUGACGCGCUCGAAGCGUUAUGCGAAUCAUAAAGGGGGGCGGAAAUAUGACAUUGGGAAGGACGGUGAGGAGGUGGAGAUCGAAAAGAGUCAAGGUCAUGAGGGGCAGGAAGAUAAACUGAUUGCGAGUGGGAUUUUCAAAGAGACGUGGGAGAGGUGUAGGAAGCAUGAGGGGUAUAAAAUUUUGAAGGGAAGGUAUCAGAAGGAAUUGAAAGAUUGGAUACAGGGUCAAGGUGAAGAAAAGUCGAAAGACAAGAGGGAUUAUAAAGUAGAAAUACAGAAACAAAGCGAAGAUACAGAAAAUAUCAAAGAUGAAGAGGGAGAGGAGGAUAUGAGUAGUAAACCCAGAAAAGGGCACCAGGAUGAAAUCCAUCAUAAGCACGAAAUUAAGGAGGAGAACACUGAGAACUUGUCCACCAAACCAAGAAAGAAGCAAAAAACAACUAAUAAUUAA